UUUCGCUUGAUCGGUAGUAGCGUGCUGACUCCCUCAUCUGUGAUUGAGUGUAAAAACGAAGCUUGCUGCUUGAGGACUGGGGCUCGUUUGGUCGCGAUGUGAACUAGAAGAGAUUUCGAUUGCACACAACCUGGAUGAAGGAAACAAACCGGAAAAGAUUUUGAAGGUGGUGAAUUUCUCGGUUAUUUUCAUCCCAUGUGCUUGCUUUCUAAGCUGCAACAGACGUGUACAGUGGAAAGUGCAGUUGGUCUCUAGACAGCGAAUGGCAGGAUCCUUUCCAACACUCAUUGUUUAUCAAAAAGGGCACUUGAUCACAACCUAGACUCUAAUAGUAUCAGAUAAUGUAUGUGCAGGUCAAAUGUUGUGACUCCUAUACUAGGAGACACUUACACAGACGAUUAUCAAAUAUGCUACUUUAAUGACUCAGCUCUUCUACUGCAGACACCUUGACUUGUUAGACUACAGGUGUGAUAAUCAUAAUAUGUACUACAGAAAGUUUGUUCUUCGCGCGAAAACAAGUGGAAAUACUGGUUUUUAGUUUUGCGCGAAAUGGAUUAGGUACAUACUGUACACUGUGCAGACAGGUUUGCUGACAUUAUGCCAUCUGGUGCACGUGCAUGCCAUCUGGUGCACGUGCAUGCCAUUACGUUUCUGUGAGUGUCACGUGCGUUAGCGUGCGUUACAGCAGAAGUUCUCUGUCCUUAGCCGCACGUGUUAUUCAAGUGUUGUUCUUGGCGCGUUUCUUGUCUUUGUACGUGUACCAUGCAAUGCUACUGAUCUCUGCGCUGACGCUAAUUGCCUCUGCUAGUGCUUCUGGGUUCAAGGGCACGUGUGAAGUACAAAACUUUGAUGCCAAUGUGAAUCCCUGCCAAGAAUGGUUAGAUGUGAGUGCACCCAUAUUCCUUCCUGACACAACACAAUUGCUAUCACUAGCGGUUCAAGUCCAAAUUGUCCUCUCUGUUGUUGACUCUUUUGGAGAAAAUCAAUGCAAUAAUGUUUUCAAGCAAUUCAUUUGUGCCUUUGCAUUUCCACCAUGUAACCUCACAACAGGACAACCUCACCCAAUUUGCGAGAAAGUUUGUGAUCGCAUCUUGAAUGGCCCAGAGUGUCGUAGUGACGUUCAAGUUGCUAAAGAUGCAUAUAAAAGCAUGACUGUUGCAUCUUUUCCAGUGUUUGGCAGUCAACUUCCGGAAUGCGACACCCUGCCUUACUCACAAAACAACAAAGAAACAUGUACAUCUAGUUAUAUCGAUGUUACUGUGCUUGAUCGAAAUGAAACCGUUCAAAAUCAAUCUGAGCAAAAUCAAUCUGCUCAAAAUCAAACUGUUCAAAAUCAAACCGUUCAAAAUCAAUCUGCUCAAAAUCAAACUGUUCAAAAUCAAACUGUUCAAAAUCAAUCUGCUCAAAAUCAAACUCAUCAAAAUCAAUCUGAUCAAAAUCAAACUGUUCAAAAUCAAACCGUUCAAAAUCAAUCUGAGCAAAAUCAAACUGUUCAAAUUCAAUCUGAUCAAAAUCAAACCGUUCAAAAUCAAUCUGAUCAAAAUCAAACUGUUCAAAUUCAAUCUGAUCAAAAUCAAACCGUUCAAAAUCAAUCUGAGCAAAAUCAAACUUCUUCAGCAAACAAGCAGCUGUGGUUACUUGUGGGAAUUCCUGUAGCAGGAACAGCUGUGCUGAUUCUAUUCGUUCUAUCAAUUGUGUGUGUUUGUCUGCAUGUCAGACACAAGAAGAACAGUGCAUUAUCAAGUAACAUCAGAAAUAGAGUGGAAAGCCAGGGGCAGCACACAACUAACCAAUACCCUGUUGAUGAAAGCACAGAAAUGGUAUCAAUUACAGUCGCAAAUGAAGGGAGCAACAACAAUCAUUGUGCAGCUCUAACCCCACCAGUCAAAAAGAAAUCAGAUAGGUAUCUUGUUAUGCCCAAAAGCAUUGAGAACAUUGUUACUGUUUUGGAGGGAGAAGACAAAGAACGUAUUGUUUCUAUACAUGAACUUGAAGAACUCGCUGAAGACUUGGGCGAUUUGCUUGUAGAUUUCAAUCAAGUUAUUAUACAUGAAGUGCUAGGACAAGGGGCAUUUGGUUUGGUGCAAAGAGGAUCUUUGGCAAAGGAUGGCCAAUUGAUUCCAGUUGCUAUAAAAUCGCUCAAAGACACAUGGAAUAUGACUGAUGUGUUGGAGUUUGUUCGUGAAUCUUGUAUGAUGGCUAGUUUUCAUCAUCCCAAUAUUCUUGGUGUUUCUGGUGUCUGUCUUGACAUGUCAAAUGGUCGAUCCCCUCUUAUUCUUGUGCCAUUUAUGGUCAAUGGAGAUUUGAAGACUUUCUUACAAAAAUCGAGGAUUGGAACAAAAGAGGAUGAAGAUAAAACCGAUAUUUCUGGUAUUCAGCUUUUGAGUUUUUGCAUCCAGAUUGCACAAGGAAUGGAAUAUUUAUCCAAUCUACUGAUUGUACACAGAGAUCUUGCUGCUAGAAAUUGCAUGUUGGAUGAAAGGAUGGUAGUAAAGGUGGGUGACUUUGGUCUCUCCAGAGACAUUUAUUCACAUAAUUACUAUCGAAUGGGGAGUAAAGGCAGAGUACCAGUCAAGUGGAUGGCACCAGAGAGUCUAACAGACAAUAUCUACACCGUCUACACUGAUGUGUGGUCGUUUGGUGUGACCAUGUGGGAAAUUUACAGUCACGGUAAAGUGCCGUAUCCAGGCAUCCCAAACUAUGAGGUUUUGGAAUAUAUUGAGAACGGACAUCGUCUGAGCAAACCAAAACUAUGUUCGACAGAAGUAUUUGCUUUUGCUCUGAAAUGCUGGGAGUGGAAUGCUAAUGACAGACCUUCUUUUCAUGAAUUGAAUGAAGAAUUGAGUUGCAUUGCUGGAGAUCAAGCAGGCUAUAUCAGGCCCCUAGACUGGAGGGGUUCAGGGGGUUCGGACGAAUCGCCUGCUUAGCUGCAAAGUCCAUGCACUUUUGAUCCAAAUUUGCUUAAUUAUUCCAUCUUGGACUCCAGCUUUACAUCUACUGUGAGGCAGAAGUGGAUUUAUACAAAUUUGGUAGUGGACUGCCUUGCUCAUCAUCAAAGUCAUUCUUGCACACUAUACAACUAUAUAUAGCUAGAGGUAGACUUGAUCUCUUGCAAUAAGUUAAUUUAGUUUUUGCUUUUGACUCUAUCAAAUUUGAUAUAUACAUUUAAAAUUUAAAAGCCACGUGAUUUGU